AUGCACAUGGCAUGGGCCAACGGGCGAGAGAAGGGAAACCUCAGGGAAGGGAAAUUGGUGGGAGUCCCAGCUGGAGCAAGUAGUGGUGCUGCUGAGGGAGGGUCCACUGAGAGUGGGAAGACAGUAGCAGAUAUAGAUAAACUCAACAUGGACAGCAUCAUCCAAGGAUUGCUGGAAGGUGAUAUCCAUGGGCAAUACUAUGAUUUACUUCAACUUUUUGAGAAUGGUGGCUUCCCACCAGAAAGUAACAACCUAUUUCUUGGGGACUACAUCGAGAAGGGAAAAGCAGUCCUUGGAGACUGUCUCUUACAGGCUUAUGAAAUCAAAUAUCCUGAGAAUUAUUUUUUUCUUCUCAGAGGAAACCAUGAAUGUGCCAGCAUCAAUAGAAUUUAUGGUUAUGAUGAAUGUAAAAGAAGAUAUAACAUUAAACUAUGGGAAACUUUCACAGACUGCUUUAACUGUUUACUGAUAGCAGCCAUCAUGGAUAAGAAGAUAUUCUGCUCUCAUGGAGGUUUAUCACCAGAUCUUCAAUCUAUGGAGCAGAUUCAGGGAAUUACACAAUCAACUAAUGUAUCGGAUCAAGGUCUUUUUUGUGAUCUUUUGUGGUCUGACCCUGAUAAAGAUGUCUUAGGCUGGGGUGAAAAUGACAGAGGAGUAUCCUUCACAUUUGGUGCAGAAGUGGUUGCAAAAUUUUUCCAUAAGCAUGAUUGAGCCUACCAGGUGGUUGAAGAUGAAUAUGAAUUUUUGGCAAAGAGGCACUUGGUCACUCUGUUAUCUGCACCCAAUCAUUGUGGAGAGUUUGACAAUGCAGGUGCCAUGAUGAGUGUGGACAAAACUCUAAUGUGUUCUUUUCAGAUUUUAAAGCCUGCAAAGAAAAAGAAGCUGAAUGCCAUGAGACCUGUAAUACCUCCAAGGGGUAUGAUCACAAAGCAAGCGAAGAAAUAG